GCCGCCAACUCGCAUAUCUCGGCCCUCGCUAUGCCGCUCUCACUUGUCACGGAAAAACAACAGUAUGCCGAAACGACCGGCCAACUCCGCUCCAACGCGACCAGCUUCCAAUAUCAACAAGCUCAUCCCAAGCCUCCCUAGCAGCUUAGCAGCUUCCAUCCUCGGCGAAGCUCAUCUCCCAUUUAUCACCACUGUCUCCUCCCACUCGGCCAUCCGGGUAACAACACCCCCUUCCAAUCACCAGCACCAACACUCAUUCACCUCAAGCCACCAAAACCCUUCGCAUUCUCUCCAUCCCAGCACCUCCAGCCGCCUCUCUCUCUUAUCACCACUUGCUAUUGCACUUAUCUCCUCAACGCACACCCAUACCCAUACCCAUGCCCCUUAUCUGGGCUGAGACGAGCCGACGCAUGUGUUGGCCAGCCGCCUGGUCGUCUUAUCGCGCCAAACCUAACGCAACGGGGAGAUACUCGCCGUCGAACCGCGACCCACGCUGCACUCCAGGCCUGUCACCUCGGCUUGUGGAUACAGUCGUGCAGCUCUGGUGGAUCCCUCGUGUUUAAUCUCAGCGCAAUCCGCCAGGGGUUUCCAGCUUCUCUACCACUUCGCUCUGGGGUUGGUGGACAAAGAUAGUGAUUGUUGGAGGGUACGGAUUCCGCGUAGACAGGAGCGAAGGGUGUGCCGCUGCCAGUCAGUUGGGCGUCGUGAACGUUACAUGUGGCGCGCCCGUGGCCCGUCUCGACCUACGUAUUUGUGCGGUCAUGGCGGUUUGGGCGGAUGGGGGGACGCAUUGGGGAGGGGUAAGCUACAGAAAAGGGGCGAGAUAAGUGUCGGCGAGAGCAAGGAUGGUAUCUUACCGUAUCAUCUCAACUUCAGCGGGAUCAAUUAAUUGUAUAGACUUUAUUGAACUGUAUGUAUGUUGUGUGUCCACUGAGCCCCAUUGAGCC